AUGCAAUGCAAUAAAUGCAACGGCAGCAACUUUCAACGCGAAGAAUACACAGGGAACUCGUCACAACUCGGCGGCAUAGGCACCACUGGUACAGGCUCUUUUAUUGCUUACAAAGAGAAGAAGAUAUUCGACGCCAACAAUCUUAUCGAGAACAUAACACAGAGGUUGCAGCUAAGUUAUAAAGACGAAGAAAUUAAUCGUAUGAUUAAUAAAAUCACCAAUGGUGAGUUCGGACAAGGUGCGUGGUUCUUGGUUUUGAUCAGUGCGUGUUGUUAUGUUGUUGUGAGAAGAGAAGGGAAAGACCUUUUGUCUAUGGAGAAGAUUCGUGAAGAAUUUGGAGUUGAUUUGCAUCAGUUAGGGAAUAUGGUUAAGCGUGUUGUCGAUUAUUUAGGGGUUGAGUUACAAGAGUUUGAUCUUGUGGGUUUGUUUGUGAAGACUGUGAAUGAUUCAUCGAGGUUGAGUGGUGUUGGUGUUAAGAAGAAGGAGAAGUGGUUUUUGUUUGCUGGGAGGAGACCAAUGCCUUUGGUUGUUGCGGUUUUGGCUUUUGUUUGUGGAGUGAAUGGUGUGAAUGUAAAGGUUGAAGAUUUGGCUAAAGAUUGUAAAGUUUGGUUGGUUACUUGUAAGGCACGGUAUAAAGAGUUGUCGGAGAAGUUACUGAAGGUUGCUGAAGAGGUUGGUUUGCCUUGGGCGAGGGAUGUUACUGUGAAGAAUGUUGUGAGAUAUUCUGUGGUUUUAUUUGGUUUAAUGGAAGCAAAGUCUAUGAGAAAGAGAAGAGAUGAAUUGGUUAGAAGAAGUGAUGGGAUUUGUUUGAAGGAGAUAGUGAGGGAUUUUGUUUAA